AUGGAAUUGACCGUCAUUAGNGAAUUCUCCCAAAUCUACCCUCAACCCGGAUGGCAUGAACAUGAUCCUGAGGAGAUUGUCUCCUCUGUACACAACUGCAUUGAGGGUGCCGUUGAGGCCUUCAAGAAGGACGGAAACUCAGUCGACAGCAUCAAGGCCAUUGGCAUCACAAAUCGUGAGGAUCCCUUCGCCAUUGCCUGA